GCCAACUCAGAUCGCCACUCCCCCAGGGAAACUCGUCAUUCGGAUUUAAUCGUGCAAUUCUCAAAUGAUAUCCGCUAUAUUGACGGCGCGAGUAACGUGGUUGCCGAAGCGAUGUCUCGCAUGGAGUUGAACCAAAUAGGGGUGCCCUCUCUCGAUUUGCAGGUCCUAGCCACCGAACAAAAGUCGGAUCCAGAUUUCACCGAAAUCAAAUCCAACCCUUAG